UCACAAUCCCUUUUGUGCGCGUUGUGUCCGCGCUGGAGACGUGUUUUGUUCGCUUUCGUUGUACCUACCAACCUACCCGUUCGUAGGUGUGGGUAGAUGUGAUUGUAUUUCUACUCUUCUGCGUUAUUUUGUUGUUGUUGCUGCUGUGUUAGCCAAGGCAUCAAACCGUAGCCUGGCUUUUACGUGCGUUCGUCCUUUCAACGCACCUGUUUGAAUGUGUUUGUUGCCUUGCUUCGUGUUCAGGCUCGGACACGAACUCCGGUCGCCAGGUGCGCUCUAGGAACGCGUGAACGUCACCGUCGCAUGUCCAGUACAUUUAUUAGGGAUGCUGAAGACUGGCAAUUGCGCAGCUAAGGAACGGAUCGCCGGAAGCGAACCAGCUCAAGGUGGAGGGACCAUGGCGAGCAACGCUAGGGGAGGGAUAUUUGGGGUGCACUUAGGUGGUGGGAUACUUGGCAGGGGAGCGGUGCGAGGACGAAUUCAUCGGGAAACCCUCUCCACUGGCGAGAUGACCGGAAGGACCGCCGCUAGCGGCGUGAAUGUUCGGGAACACAUUUCCGCCGGAGGGGCGGGUGGUCUCGGAAGAGCAGGCGGCACCUUGGGCGGAGGGAUGGAAGGGAUGGUGGAGGAUACGUCCGCGGCGGGGAUGCUGGGCGCCGACUUACGGGAGGAGGAGCUGGAGGCGCACCUGUGGGAUGAGGUGGAGAACCACCGCAUGCGUCUCACGAGUGUCAUCGACCCCGCACGGCUCACGCCGUACCUACGGCAGUGCCGCGUCAUCGACGGGCAGGACGAGGACGAGGUGCUCAACUCGCUGAGUCUCUCCACGCGCUCGCGCCGCGUUGGAGUGUUGCUCGACAUCCUGCGCUCGCGUGGCACGCGUGGCCACGUGGCGUUCCUCGAGAGCCUGGAGCUGCACUAUGCCGAGCUCUACAAGCAGCUCACGGGCAACGAGCCCACGCGCCGCUUCUCCACCAUCAUCGGCGUGGAGGGCCAGGACGGGCUGCUGCACUUCCUCAUGGCCGAGGUGAUGCGCCAGCAGCUGCAGCUCGCCGAGGGCAAGCAGCAGCGUGCCGAGCUGCACGAGCGUGCCUCGCGCCUCGAAACGGAUGGCCGCCGGCUGGCGCUGCAGAACCGCGAGCUGCAGGCCUACAAGGACCGCUUCGGGCGCAUGAAGGAGGAGAGGAACGGCUACAACGACGAGCUCAUCAAGGUGAAGGACGAGAACUACACGCUCGCCAUGAAGUACGCGCAGCUCAGCGAGGAGAAGAACAUGGCCGUCAUCCGCUCGCGCGACCUGCAGCUCGAGAUCGACCAGCUCAAGCACAGCCUGAACAAGGCCGAGGAGGAGUAUGCGCUGGAACGCCGCGCAUCUCUGCGGCUGCAGCACGACAUGGAGGCGAACCCGGGCCGAGAGCGGCUGGUGGAAUUGGAGCGGACGAACCUGGCGCUGAGCACCAAGGUGGCCGAGAUGCAGGUGCUGCUGCAGUCCCGUAGCCAGGGUUCACCGGACUCGGAUCAGGCCAUGCUGGACAUCUUGGAGACAGACCGGCGUGAGGCCCUGGAGGAGCGCCACGACCUGGUGAACAAAAUCUUCUCCCUGCGCGAGGAGAUGCGGCAAGCCGAGGAGCUGCGAGAUAAGUACCUGGAGGAGAAGCAGGACCUGGAGCUGCGCUGCAACACGCUUCUCAAGGACUGCGAGAUGUACAAGCACCGCAUCGGCACCGUGCUGCAGCAGCUGGAGGAGGUGGAGCGGGAGCGCGAUCAGGCGUUCUCCUUGCGGGACGAGUCUCAGCGGCAGUACUCGCAGAGCCUCCUGGACAAGGACAAGUACCGCAAGCAGAUCCGCGAGCUGGAGGAGAAGAACUACGAGCUGCAGAUUGGGCAAGUGCGGAGCGAUGGCGAGGUGCUGCUACUCACGGCGCGGCUGCACAAGGCGACUAACGUCGCCGACUCCACCAGGGACCUCCAAACGCUGCCCGCGCGGCUGAACCCGCACACGAUCGAGCAGUUCUGGCAAGCGAGCGAUGGCAAGAGCGGCAAGAGCACGGAGGAGUCGACGAGCGAGAGCGAUGGCAGCGAGAGCAAAAAAAAGCAUCCCCCAGUCCGGCAAAAGAUUGUCAAGAAGCAGCGAGUCAAGGUUAUAAAGCAACGAACUCUGCCCUCGCAGCUAAACUUCGGCAAGCCGGAGUGUGAGGCCACUGGAACGCCGGGAGAGGAGAACGGAGAUUCGGCCAACAGUGGCGACGAUGACUGCGACGACACACAAGACGCGCACAACAUGUAUUUCUCACGAAUGGCCAACGACGAGCAACGGGACCGCUUCAACAGCGUCAUGUCGACCGAAGUGGAACCGCCGGGCCAGGAGUCCAUCAAGAGUCGUGUGCAGGAGUACAAGAAGAGGCCCAUGCCUAGGAGGAGCUCCACAGUGUCCGAGAACAAUGUGAGGGAGGAGGACGAGGACUCGCUUUGUCUCGGCGGAGUCGACACCGCAGCAGGGGACGCGUGCAGCUAUCCCCACACCCCCCUGAUCCCCCUGAGCCCACUGUGCCGGACCUACGUUGCUAACGGGGAGCGCUCAGGAAGCAGCUCGUGCCGCUCGUCACUCGCCUCCUCGGGCUGCGACUCGCUGCUCGGGAACAUGGAGAGCCUCUUGGCGGAGCUUGACCUUGACAACAGGCCGUUUCGUCCGUCCGCGUUCUCGGUGAGCGUCCCGACCGCGCCGGUCCGGCCGACGCUGCAGGCGAGCUUAAGCGCCGUCUCGCUGCGCGACGACGUCACGGUGAUCGGUGGCAACGAGAGCGGCGUGUUCGUGCGGAGCGUGCGUCCCGGCUCCUCCACGGAGCGCGCCGGCCUCAAGCCCGGCUACCAGCUGCUCGCCCUGGAAGGCAAGGUGAAAGGUGAGGUCCAGAAGGUGUCCCUGGAGAACUCCACCAAGGAGGAGACGCACUGGGCCCUGCAGCACUGCCAGGGGCUCGUGCAGCUCUUCGUGCGCACCAACAUGGACGGCCACCGCAAGCUGCAGGCCCUGCUGGAGGGAGGCACGGUGACGUCGGGCGACUCGUUCUUCGUGCUGGUGAACGCGAGCGUGUGCGGCCUGGCCGAGGGCUGCACGAUGCACGCGGCCUGCGAGGACGUGCUGCACGUCACCGACACGCUGUACGAGGGGCGCGCCGAGUGGCGCUGCUCCCGCGUCGACCCCUACACAAUGCGCGACGGCGAGACCGGCACGCUGCCCAGCUUCCUGCGAGCCCAACAGUUGCUCCUGGCCAAGCUGAAGAGGCUCAUGAAUCGACGCACCAGCUCGGAUGAAACGGACUUGUACGGCGCUCAGGGCAAGAUGAGAAAGGCCUCCCUGCAGUGCAGUUGCAGCCUCCCGAGUGACGUUGGCCCCCGGGCGGUGGACACUGGCCGGCCAGGAGGAAGCGGCCUCCGGGUGGGCGUCAUCGACCACUUCCUCCAGCAGCUGCUGGGCCGAUCGGAGGUGCAGCCGUACAAGCGGCAGUCGAGUGGAGAGCGUAUGCGCCUCAUGGCGGGUACGGCGGGGCCUCUGCGUUGGGCCUGGGAGGCUCCGGCCUCGCUGGACGGCAUUGAGCGCGAGCGGGAGGCCGACUCCAGCGGGCAGGCGGCGCUCAUGCCCUACACGCUGGUGCGGCCGUGUCGCCCUCCGUGCCGUCGCCCGGUGUUGCUGCUGCCCUCGUUCCUGUGUCGCAUCGUCUACCCCAAGUUCACGGGCCCCGAUUUCACCGAGUGUCCCAUGGGUUUUCGUCGUGCGAAGUUGUGCCCUGCCGCUCUCGUUCCUGCCUCCUCGUGUUCCGCGACGCGUGCAGAGGAAGCGCAGAGAGAGGAGCUGGCGGAAAGGCAGCAGAAGGGCGACCUCCUGGGCUGGAGGGAGGAGAAGAACAAUUCGGUGACCGUGUGCAGCGUCCGCGGCGUCGAGGAGGUCAUCGCCACGAACAAGCACUGCCUGCUCGACCUGGGACUGGAGUGCAUCACGAGGCUGCACCACGCCGAGGUGUACCCCAUCAUCGUGCACGUGUGCCUGGGCGACAAGAACAUUCGCAAGAUCAGGAAGCUGUUAGGCAAGCUGGAUCGCUCGGACGAGGAGGUGCUGAGGCAGUGCCGCGCCGAGGAGAAGGCGCUCGAGGCCCUGCCGUGCCUGUACGCGCGCCUCGGCGCCGGGGGACAGCAGAGCUGGGCGAGCGCAGAGGAGCUGGCGCGCGCUGUGCAGGAGCGCGUGGCUGACGAGCAACGCAGGAUCGUGUGGAUCGGCCUCACCGACCCAGUGCCCAACGAGAAGCAGCCCUGAAUACGAGCUUCUCCCCCACCGCCGCUGUCGUUAAGUCGUCUCUCCCCUAACCCCCCCUCCCCCUCCCCACCCCUCCUGCCGGUGGACCCCACGCGCGCGCAGGGGUUGGUCGCUGCGUCGUGUGAACUCGCCGCCUGCGGUUCUGCGGCGAUGCGCGCGUCCCUGUUCCGCCGCACAUCCCAGCCGCGCCAAUGCAGGGCCCUCGCAGGGGGCACGUGGUUUUUCUCACUGCCCGUUUCCCGAGCUGAGGCAGAACCAACCUGUGAAACUCCCGGCCUCGCGAGACGCCUCAGUCUGGCUCGUCAGGGGUGGGCAGAGUUACGCGCGUGACAUUGGCGGGUGCAGGUCUGGUUCCGCAGUUCCUCUCGAGCUGCGCCAGGCUGGCUGGGCAUGGCCCCGGCACAGCUAGGCUCAGUUCCACAGUGGAAAGAGGUAACGGCGUCGCAAUCGCCUCGUCGCGAGAGCCGUUGAUGCAGGGUUGUGGCUGUCGUGGCCAGUGGCCUGGCACCUGGCUCUCUCGAGGAGCUGCAUAGGAGUCGAAUGGAGUUUGCGUAAUGUGAUGGGCACUGCAGGGUAAAUCAUCUGUGCCAGGGUAUGGUUUUGUGAGCCUGGCUUCCCCUAUCAAGUGAAUGGAGCCCUUGUUGGACUGGUAAGGCCCACUGAGCUAUGUAGUUUUCUUUUUUCAGAAGCGACCUGAGGACAAUUGGUAGCUUGACGAAGUGGCUUAUGUGGGAAGGUAUAGCAGCCAAUACUCUAAAUGUGGAGGGAAA